AUGGAUUUGAAAGGAGAAAUAACGAAAUUUUUGGAAGAGUUGAUCGAUAAGCAUCCAGAGACGUUGGACGCGAUCGAGAAUGUGCGAAUGAAUCGCUUGGGCCGAUCAUCGAACGCAUCCGCAACGCUGAUGGCUCAAGGUCCAUCAACGUCAAGCACGGCUUCGUCGUCUGGCAUACAACGAGCCACAUCGAAUUCUCUACCAACCAGUUUGAAAUUAACAGAGCGAAGUUCGUCAACGGCCGUGGCCGCGUUGUCGGAUCUUGCGUUACGAGAUGGUACGCAUAUAGCUGCGGAUCAUGAGGACACUUCGCAAGGUGCAGUGCACUCGUUUCAGGACGAGGAUGGCAAUUGGUGGACGUAUGCGUUCGAUGCACAAGGCUUCGGUACAGCGCACGCAUUGGGCAGUAGUCGGGCGCUGUUGGAAAUGAUUCAACACAAUAAUGCAACACACCCACAUACA